GCACCACCAUGUCCCCGCUGACUCUGAUGCUCCUACUGUUCUAUGAAUGUUUUACAGGAGCUUCUGUCCGACCGGUGGUUUCUUUCUUACCAAAUUGGGCCACGGUUUUCUAUGAUGAUUUUGUAACUCUGACUUGUAACCUGGAUCCCAACCCUGAGAAGGAGAUGAGAUAUUUCUGGUACAGAGAUAAUGAGAAAAUGAAUCAAUAUGACCAGAGCAUUACAAUUCAGUCUGACAGGUGGAAGCACAACGGGAAUUAUCAGUGCCAGGCUGGUACUAGUGAUAAAAGUGAUGCGGUACGACUGGCUAUUAGUAAUGAUCUAGUCAUCCUACAGGCUCCACCUUCUAUUCGUGAAGGAGAUUCACUGUCUCUUAGAUGUCACAGUCGGCUCGAAAAUAACAGAGGCAAAGAUCAAUUUUACAAGAAUGGUAACCUCAUAACAACCUUAGCCUCUGGUUCUGUUUACAGUCUGGGAAAUGCAGCUCCUCAUAUGACUGGUACUUACAAAUGUGCUAAACUAAGUGUAUCCUCUUCUGUCAGGAACAGUAAGGACAAACGUAUUUAUGUUGAAGGAGCUGGAACUAAACCUGUGGUGUCCAUUAAGCCACAACGGAGUACAGCAUUAUUAAUGAACUUUGUAACAUUGACCUGUAUUGUGACUUCUACUGUGCCAGAGAGAUGGUGGUAUGUCUGGUACAAAGAUGGAGACUGGAUACCCAAAGAACAGAAGACCUUUACACUGAAGCAUGUCCAAGAGAAAGACAGUGGGAAUUACCAGUGCCAGACACCCGGCAGUGAAAGAAGUGACCCUGUUAGACUAGAUGUAGAAUGGGGUAACUUUUAUUGGGAAAAUGCUCUAUAAUAACCAACAAAUAUUUUGCAUACAGGCUAGACAGUGGGUCACAUUUCAUGGUUCACAGCAACCAGUCCAUGACUUUCAUUUUAACUUGCACUAGACUGAUCUAUGAUAAUGUCUGUGGUAUUAGGGCACCACUUUUCAACUGACAGAUGGAGCCAAGGUUACCUCUAAGUGAUACUGCCCCAGGC